CCACUGAUUAUAACUGGUGCAUUCACUAUAAAAUGAAGCAAAUUCACUGGCGGACAAACUUGUAACUGAAAAAGAAAGCAACAUGAGGCCCGUACUGAUGAUGACAGCGGCCGUGCUGCUGGCCUGCGUCGCCUACUCCCAUCAACAGCUGGUUGCGAUGGUAGCUGACGUAUCUGACGAGGACGGCGAUGGCGACGUGCUGAGCACCGGGCAGCAGGAGCUCAGCGGGGGCAGCCUGCCGAGCGACGGGCAGCAGGAGCUGCAAGAGGCGAACGCGCUCCGUGGCGGCGGGAAGCGUCCAAAGCCAAAAAAGAAACCGAAAAAGAAGCCGAUCAUAAGCCAAAACACAUUAAAACAUCUUGGGAAAAGAGUAUAUGAAGAUAUAGCGCUACCUGUGAUCCAGCAGCAAGUAUUAGGACAAGUCGCCUCAACGCUUGCGACCGCUUUAGACGAACUUCCCGACGCUGUGGUGACGACGACGAUGAAUAUUGUUGUUUAACCUGCCGAAAUAAAUAUAUUAUUACUA